ACUCUUUAAGGACUGGGAUGGAAGGGCGGGGUCGUUGUUAGGGACGCGGCGGAGACGGCUGUUUCCAGGAAGUGACAUCAGCGGCCGCGGUGAUGGACGAUUUACUGGAUCUGGGAGAGGAGAAACGUCGCAGCUCGGCCACCUCCGGGGCCAAGAUGGGACGCCGAGCUCAACAGGAGUCGACUCAGGCUGAGAAUUAUCUCAACAGCAAGAAUUCUUCAUUGACUCAGACCGGAGAGAUGGUGACCAUGGAGCCAUUAGAUGAAUGUGAGGAUCAGACUCCCCCACCAAAACCACCUCGGAGGCAGGGCGGCUGGGCAGAUGAGUCCAUGAAGGUGGCAAAACAUGGUCUUUCCAGCCCAGGAAAGCUGUGGAAUGCUGUGGAUGACAUGGACGGUCGGAGGAGUCCAGCCCAGUUCCUCACAGGAUUGGGAAAGAAAGUUUCUGAAGAAAUGGAAGAUCGCCGCCUCAGACAGCAGAACCUGACGGGGACAGAGGAAGGAGAAGAUAUCCCUGUGAUCCCAGAUCUGGAAGAUGUGCAGGAGGAAGACUUUGUGCUGCAGGUGGCGUCCCCGCCCAGCAUCCAGGUAAACCGAGUGAUGACCUACCGUGACCUGGACAAUGAUCUUAUGAAAUACUCAGCCUUUCAGACUUUGGAUGGGGAGAUUGACCUGAAGCUCCUCACCAAAGUGCUGGCCCCAGAGCAUGAAGUGCGAGAGGAUGAUGUGGGCUGGGACUGGGACCAUCUAUACACUGAGGUGUCCUCAGAGCUCCUCACAGAGUGGGACCUGCUGCGGGCAGAGAAGGAGGACCCCGUUGGACCAUCGAGGCACAUCUGACCCAGGAACGCCACUGUGCAUUUGGACAAAUGCAUGAAGUCUAAAACCAUGGGAGCUUGUGAGCAGCUUACAAUUUUUAUACAGAAUAUUUUGUAAUAGAAUAUUUAUUUUCAGUAGGACACAUUGGAGCAUUCCAAUUCAAUAAAUGACUUUAUUCUGUGAA